CCGCUAUCCUCCAAUCAGAAGCGCCCAUCGCACACGCAACAGCGGUCCGCUCAGCUCCAUGUUGGAUCAGUCGCUUUUUCUUAGAAAUGUUGUGACCCGGAGGUGAGGCUGCGCUUACUGUCUAGUAACAAACGGACGGCCCCGGGCAGUCAGGCGGGUCCAGGUAUGAGGGCUACCCGCCGACAGACCGUAGGGCUGCAAACGAAUGUUUUCUGGAGGUUUGCGUGAGCGAGCAGCGUCAUCCCUUUGCUUUGAAACGGGGCCGAGAAAUUAGGUUAAAGACGCACCUGGAGAGGGGAGCGAAAAGUGGCAUGCGGGGUGAAGAAGAAGUAAUUGGAUUGAGAUAACGCCUCGCUGGCACGAUGUUCACUCUCACUGAGAUUGCAUCCCUGAACGACAUCCAGCCAACAUACCGCAUCUUAAAGCCAUGGUGGGAUGUCUUCAUGGACUACCUGGGUCUGAUCAUGCUCAUGCUGGCCGUAUUUGCAAUGACCAUGCAGAUCACCAAGGACCAAGUAGCUUGCCUUCCAUAUAUAGAUGAUGCAGAGGAAGCCUCAGGAACAAGCUCGUUGCCCCAGCAGAGACCUGAGGAUGUAACCUCAUCCACCAGAGCCCCUGUAGGAACAAUCAUCCCACCAAUCACUAAGGACCUAACGGAUGAAGCGGUCAGUAAGAUUUAUGCAUUACGAGCUCCUCCAACAGGGGUCAAAACAAACCUGGACUUUCAACAGUAUGUCUUUAUCAACCAAAAGUGUUACCAUGAUGCCUUGCCCUGGUAUUCCAAAUACUUUCCAUACCUCACCCUCAUCCACACCCUCAUUCUCAUGGUCAGUAGCAACUUCUGGUUCAAGUACCCCAAAACAAGUUCGAAGAUUGAGCAUUUCGUUUCUAUUCUGGGACGGUGUUUUGAAUCUCCUUGGACAACAAAGGCUUUGUCUGAAACUGCUUGCGAGGACUCGGAGGAAAACAAACAGAGGCUGACCGCCACCUCUUCAGCACCAAAGCAGGUGUCUAUAGAGGGGAACGAUGACAGCACAAAUGUGAGCCCAUCCACACCCAUGCUUGGGGUGAAAUUUUCUGCAGAUAAGCCUAUUGCAGAGGUCCCAAGUAGCAUGACAAUCUUGGAUAAAAAAGAUGGGGAGCAGGCCAAAGCUCUUUUUGAGAAGGUGAGGAAAUUCAGAGCCCAUGUGGAGGACAGCGAUUUCAUCUACAAGCUUUAUGUAGCACAGACCAUCGUCAAAUCUGUGAAGUUUAUUUUGAUAUUGUGCUACACUUCGACCUUUUUAGCCGAAAUAAAAUUCACACAUGAAUGUAAGCCUGAUAUAAAACAUUUAACAGGAUAUACAAAGUUCUAUUGUACGCACAACAUGGCUUUCAUGCUGAGCAAACUGCUCGUCACCUAUGUGGCAUUGAUACUGAUCUAUGGGAUGACAUGCUUGUACUCUCUCUUCUGGGUGUUCCGGCGACCUCUGAAAGAGUACUCGUUUGAGAAGGUCAGGGAAGAGAGCAGCUUUAGUGACAUUCCUGAUGUCAAAAAUGACUUUGCAUUCCUUUUACACAUGAUUGACCAGUAUGACCAACUUUACUCCAAGCGCUUUGGCGUUUUUCUGUCUGAGGUCAGUGAAAAUAAGCUGAGGGAGAUCAGCCUCAACCACGAGUGGACUUUUGAAAAAUUAAAGCAGCUUGUCACGCGUAAUGCACAGGACAAGCAGGAGCUGCACCUCUUCAUGCUCUCUGGACUCCCGAAUGCGGUGUUUGACCUCACAGAUUUGGAAGUGCUAAAACUGGAGCUGAUUCCUGAUGUGAGGUUCACAGCAAAGGUCUCCCAGAUGACCAGCCUUCAAGAGCUGCAUCUUUGCAACUCUCCGGCCAAAGUCGAGCAGACGGGAUUUGCUUUCCUCCGUGACCAUCUCCGCUGCCUUCAUGUCAAGUUCACCGACGUUGCCGAGAUCCCGGCUUGGGUCUAUUUGCUUAGGAACUUGAGGGAGCUUAACCUAAUUGGCAACCUGAGCUCAGAAAACAACAAAAUGAUUUGCCUAGAGUCCAUGCGAGAUUUGAGGCAUUUAAAGACGCUAUGCCUGAAGAGCAACCUCACAAAAAUCCCCACAAACAUAACAGAGCUUUCUCCACAUCUGAUUCGGUUAAUGGUUCACAAUGAUGGUACAAAAUUGCUGGUCCUAAACAGUUUGAAAAAGAUGACAAAUCUGAUUGAAGUGGAGCUGCACAACUGUGAACUUGAAAGGAUUCCCCAUGCCAUUUUCAGCUUAACCAACUUACAAGAACUUGACCUGAAAUCGAACAACAUUCGUACCAUAGAGGAGAUCAUCAGCUUCCAGCACCUCAAGAGGCUGACGUGCCUUAAACUGUGGCACAACAAAAUAAUCACCAUUCCAGCCACCAUCGGCCACAUCAAGUCUCUGGAGGCUCUCUACCUCUCUCACAAUAAACUGGAGACCCUCCCUGCUGCCCUGUUCACCCUGCCCAAACUGCGACACUUGGAGGUGGCCCAUAACUCCAUCUCGGUGCUUCCUCCAGAUGUGGGUCUCCUCCACAACCUCCAGCACUUGGCCAUCAACUCCAACAAGCUGGAGGUGCUGCCCAAGCCUCUGUUCAGAUGCACCAAGCUUAAAGUGCUGUGUCUGGCGCACAACGCGCUCACGACGCUGCCAGAGGCUGUGGGUCAGCUAGUCCAGCUCACUCAGCUGGAGCUCAAAGGAAACUGUCUGGACAGACUGCCCGCCCAGUUAGGAAAUUGCCGCCUGCUGCGCAGAAACUGCCUCAUCGUGGAGGACCAUCUUUUUGACACACUGCCCGUGGACGCUAAAGAAAGUAUCAGCCGAGAAACCUUUUAGCACAAAAGCCACUGAAAAAGACGGAUGGCUGUAACCAUUAUUUUUGUAUUGUAUUAUCCAUGUAUUUCUUGAUUGAUUAAUAUUUUUAGGCUGUCUUAGUUGCUUCUGUUUGAAUACAGCAUAAAAAAAGAGCUUUUGUUAUCGCGAAGUAUGUAUCUAAUGCAAUAUUGUUAUUAUGCUUUUUUGAUAGCUUUGAGUAAUUAAAAAUCCAGCUUCUUUGUAUAUUAUUCUAUAGACCAAAACCAUUUCAGUGACACAUUAUAUACAUAUGUCGUUAUUAUUUUAGGUACUCAGGUAUAAAUGUAACCAUUGGGAACAAUCUUUUUGCCUUAACUGCUGCUAUUUGUUUUAGUUUUUGGGGGUUUUUUUGUUACAGUGAGGGCUUUCACAAACAACAGGCCAAAAAUUAAUAAUUUAUGAUUUCUUGUCAGAUUUCUUUCUUUUUGUGUUGAAACGAUCAAGGUACUUUUUAACUUGUUGAAAUCAUGUAACCAGUGUAUUUUUUUUUCUUCAUACCUAUGUAGCCGAAAGAAUUCGAGUUGUAAACUCAGGUGGAGACCAGAAACGAACUUUUACCCCACUGUAGUAAAGAUUGUAUAUGAAAGCCUCUAGUAAUUCAUUUGCACAUUGAAACCCUAAUGAUGUAAAGAUUGGUGAAUGUCCUGUUCAGAGAGCUAAUAAAAGGGAAAUCGGUUGACUAGCUUUUGAAACCAUGUUUUCAAGUCUGAUUUGAAUCUGUUGUGUUGAGCUACUGGUCCCACAUGUCACAAUCAUGUAAAGAUGAUGACAUCUGCCUUCAUUCUUGUCAAUGUACAUCUGUGUAGGCCUGAUAUAUAAGUGUUCUUCAGAGCUGCUGUACCACCUUGAUGAGCCUCUGCUCAAAGUUCACAUUUUUAUUGUACAAUAAAACAACAGUCCAGA